GUUCCGUGUUAUUGGAUAUCCCUCCGCCCUCCAACGCAGUUGUCAAAAACGCCUUGGUAAUUUGUAAACAUCGUCGACGACCGAUAUUCUUGGAGACUAUUCAGAUCUCCCAGUCCGUGACAAUGAAGUUUAUGUACAAAGAAGAACAUCCCUUCGAGAAGAGACGGUCCGAAGGGGAGAAAAUCAGAAAGAAGUACCCGGACAGAGUGCCUGUGAUCGUGGAGAAGGCCCCCAAAGCCAGAAUAGGAGACCUGGACAAGAAGAAAUAUCUCGUCCCUUCUGACCUCACAGUGGGUCAGUUCUACUUCCUUAUUCGAAAAAGGAUCCACCUGAGGGCAGAGGAUGCUCUUUUCUUCUUUGUCAACAAUGUCAUUCCACCCACAUCAGCCACUAUGGGGCUUCUGUACCAGGAGCACCACGAGGAAGACUUUUUUCUUUACAUUGCUUACAGUGACGAAAGCGUCUAUGGGGGCAUACAGAGAGAUGUGUAGCGGAUUUCCUCACAAUUACACUAUCCAUCAUUAAUAUAAAAUGAUCAAUAUAUUAGGACACAUGAAGUGUACAUGUUGAAUGCACUUUCAUAUCUUCUUCCUAGACUAUUUAUGUUUAUCUCAUUUGUACUCUAUGCUGCCUUGAUAUUGAUUCAUCUUACCCAAAGUUCCCUGCAGUCUUGCUUUUUGACCUGAUACAUCAUUUAUCUUGGUCUGUUUCUGUAAAUUUGUGAUACAUGUAUCCCAAAAGCCUAUUCAAUGUUCCACACGUCUCUGCUCCUUUUAACUUUCCUUAUUUUUUCUGUGCACUGGCAUAUAUUAUAAAGCUGCUUUGUUAUUCUAGAAUCUUUAUUGUUAAAUGUAAUUUUCAACCACCAUAUUUGCACAGACCAAAACCACUGGACUAUCAUACCAUAUAUUGUUAAGUUUGUGUGUGAGUGUGUUUGUGUACCAUGGCCAAUAAUUAUUAUUUUUAAAUAGAUUGGAAUAACUCUAUUUCAAUAAACAGAUUUCAAAGAUUUCAAAUCAGCUUAACAUAUUGGAGGACAUUGCUUUUAUUUCUUCAUUUUAUUAUUACCAUCAUUUUUUUCUGGUUGAUUUAAGUGAUCUGUUGAUGACUUGAGUGAUUUUUUUGUUUUUUUCCUUUUCCUUGAAAGCUAUAAUUGUGGUGUCACCACCAAUUUUAAACUUGCCAACAUUAUAAAUCUGAUGUAAAACUUC